CAAUCAAAGAGCGGCUCUCAGCACGUGGAGGAGAGGGAAUCUAGAGCCAAGCUAUUGCGGCUCAGUCACUACACUUGUUCCUAGUGUCCUGGGCAGGAAGAGGGGCGAGUUGCAGCCGCUGCCUGGUGGGGGAGGGGGUGCCAGCCCAGUCCAAGCCAAAGCCCACACGCGGCCACCCUGAGCCCUGCCAGGCCAGGCGUGGGGGGAGAAAGCCAAAGUCAUGAGCAACCAAUACCAAGAGGAGAGCUGCUCCGAGAGGCCCGAAUGCAAAAGUAAAUCGCCAACUUUGCUCUCCUCCUAUUGCAUCGACAGCAUCCUGGGCAGGAGGAGCCCUUGUAAAAUGAGACUGCUGGGAGCUGCUCCCAGCCUACCGUCUCUGGCUAGCAGGACGGAGCAGGACAAGGCCGGGCAAGGACCCGCCAAAGGGAGCCCGCCAGGGUUCGAGGCGGCCGAGCUACAUCUGCCACCCAAGCUGCGCCGCCUCUACGGGCCCGGCGGGGGCCAGCUGCUGGCGAGGGCCGAGCGGGCCGAAGUGGGCGCCUCUUCUUGGGACUCGCUCAAGAUCAGCCAAGCACCGCAGGUCAGCAUCAGCCGCAGUAAAUCGUACCGGGAAAACGCGCCCUUCGCGCGGGCCGCAGCCACCCUCGAAGAGCUGGCCGGCGGAGGAGGCGGAGGCCCCGACGGCAGGCCGGGCCGGGAGGACGAGUUGCUGGACGACGAGGACGACGACGACGAAGACGAUGACGAAGAGGAGGAGGAGGCAGAGGAGCUGGACGAGGAGCUGGAAGACGACGACGAGCUCCUAGCCGAGGCCAAAGAGGCCCGACGGGGCGCAGGGGGUCCAGUCGGGGCCGGCGUGGGGCCGGGGACCGAGGGUGCCGACGGCUCGCCCAAGGAGGAGCUGCUGCUGCCCGCCGACGAGCUGGCCGAGGGCAAGGACGGCGAGGACAGCGUGUGCCUGUCGGCGGGCAGCGACUCGGAGGAGGGGCUGCUCAAGAGGAAGCAGCGCCGCUACCGCACCACCUUCACCAGCUACCAGCUGGAGGAGCUCGAGAGGGCCUUCCAGAAGACGCACUACCCGGACGUCUUCACCAGGGAGGAGUUGGCGAUGCGCCUGGAUCUGACCGAGGCCAGAGUGCAGGUCUGGUUCCAGAACCGGAGAGCCAAAUGGCGGAAGAGGGAAAAGGCCGGCGCUCAGAGCCACCCGCCCGGCCUGCCUUUCCCUGGGCCCUUGUCGGCGUCUCACCCGCUCAGUCCCUACCUUGAUGCUAGUCCUUUCCCUCCUCACCACCCAGCUCUCGACUCCGCUUGGACGGCCGCCGCCGCCGCAGCAGCCGCCGCCGCCGCCUUCCCCAGCCUGCCACCUCCUCCUCCGGGCUCGGCAGCUUUGCCCCCCAGCGGGACCCCGCUAGGCCUCAGCACUUUCCUGGGAGCGGCUGUGUUCCGGCACCCAGCCUUCAUCAGCCCCGCGUUUGGCAGGCUCUUUUCCACCAUGGCCCCUCUGACUAGCGCUUCCACCGCGGCCGCCCUGCUGCGACAGCCGGCCCCGGCCGUGGAGAGCGCUGUGCAAUCCGGCGGCCUCUCGGACCCGGCCGCGGCGGCGGCGGAUCGACGCGCCUCCAGCAUAGCGGCGCUGCGGCUGAAAGCGAAAGAGCACGCGGCCCAGCUGACGCAGCUCAACAUCCUCCCCGGGAACAGCACGGGCAAAGAGGUGUGUUAAGCAGCCACGAGGGGGGGGCAGCCAGAGAUCGCCCGGCGCAGGAGCGAACCCAAGACCAAACCGGGAGCGCGCGAGAGAAACAAACACAUGCAAAGAGGGACCGAGGAUCAGCGGCCGAGGGCACUGCCUAGAGAGCUGCUCCUCCCGUUCGGCGUUUGGAGCAAGCAGCCAGGCUCCUGCUUUUGCCGCUUCCCUCGGGCGAAUCAGCAGGAGCAGCUCCUUGGCUAGCACCCCCCCCCCCAUGUGCGUGUUAAUCCGUGCAGUUAUCAGCAACCACCCGAGCACAUCCCAGAGGGAGAGGGAACAUUUGGGAGCAGGGCGGGGGUUCAGCAUGACGGGGAAGGCCCCCCGCCCUCUCCCCCCCCCUUGUCAUCCUGGGCAGACUCCGUAACCUUAAGCGGAGCGUUGGAGACUUCUAAGCGGGAGGACGUUGAACCGAGGAUGCUGCUGCUUGGCCCGGCCACGAGAAAGCCCGCGAGGCGACUCUGCGUAUAACGAACCGGGGCACUUAAGGCAAAAGGGGAGCGGGGAGAGUCUGGUCUUUUUGUCCUUCUGUCAUUACACCAACCAAGGGUUUUAUAGCAAACCAAAGGGAAAAAUAACAGUGCUAGAAUAUGGACUGUUUUUAAAAAAAGUCACUAAACUGUGAUGCUCGAUACUGUACAUACCAUUGUUAUUAAAAAAAUAAGAAAAAGAAAAAAAAGAAAAAACACAAAACAAACCCAGAGCUUUGUAUAUUUGAAAUGUUAUAUAACAAUUGCACUUCGUGUAGUGUUUGUACAAGUUUGUCACUUCUGUAGAUCCUUACUGUGUUGUAGAUAUCAUAGGAUCCCUAGACAAAUAUUUAUGUGCAAGCCCUUUAUUUAACUUAUUAACUGUAGAGGUUCCCGAAACCCGAGUGAGUGAGUGAAUGAGUGAGUGAAUGAAUCAGAGAGAGAGAGAGAGAGAGAGAGAGAGAGGGCAUCGGUACAGUGCUUUUGUGUAAUGUUGUUAUUGCUCUCACUUUUCCUUGCGAUCAAGUGGAAAAGUGUCACCCAUAGAAAAUAAAAGAUAUAUAUAUAUACGUUAAUGAAGAAUUCGAAAAGAUACCUGAAGGCGCAGCGUCAUUGGAAGGAAAUCAUGCCUGAUAACCAAGCUGGGGGAGGGAGGGAGGCCAAGGGUUUGACGGGGCUACAGAAUGAGAAAGUGGGAAGAAGACCUGAGAUUUACAAAUCUUUUUCUGAUGUAUGCCGAAGGUGAAUUCUGUAAAGGAAAACUAUAUGAAAAGGCUUUAUUACUUUCCCAAACUUUCUAGGUGAGAUUAUUUCCCUCUCCCCCAAAUUGGUUUUGGUUAAACUAGACUAGCCUUCCCCAACCUGUUGCCCUUCCGACCUCCUGAGGGGAGUUGUAGUCCGAAACGUCUAGAGGGCGCCAGGUUGAGGAAACCUUGUCUGGAGCUAGGUUCAGCGAUAUAUGCACCUCACAGAUUGACAGUCCAAGCCUAUCUCCGCAGAAGUCAGUCCCGCUGUGUUCGGUGGCGCUUUCUCCAAAGUAAGCGGGUAUAGGACUGCAGCCAGUGCCCAUUUCCCAGGGGAAGAAGAACACAGAGGAACUUCCUUACGAGUAAACACGCGUAGGGUUGCACUGUAAGGCUGUUCCUCCUGUGCACCUUUUCCUCGGGAGCAAACCCCGCAGAACUCAGUGGGACAUCUUUUUGAGGAACCAUGCGCGUCAUUUUGUGCCGUCAAGCUGCCACGCUGUGCCCAAGUACCUGGAAGUAAGCCUCACUGAACACAGUAAAAGUGCAUAGGAUCGCGGUAUACCCACAAAGGAAAAAAAGAAAAGGGAGGAGUAGAGCCUCCAGCCCGUGUCAUCUUUUUCACGUCCAAAAAGGUUUUCUUCCUUGUUAAACAUAUGACCGGAUUGGGCAAGGGAGACUCCCCCACCCCAUUAUCUCUCUUUCCCGUGGUCUAAAGCAAAAGGCAUCCAGGUUUUUGUACACCUGGCUUUGGAUGCGGGGUCUUCUUUAUUGGGUCUCCAAUACCGUCCUGUUCAU